CACUAUUUCAGACUUUCCUUCUCUAACAGGCUAUUAUAUUUUCCCCUUCAGGGUUUCCUCAACCUCUCUUCCAGGCCCCCCCGGCCCUCGCCAUGCUCCAUCCCUUUGCAAAGCUGCCUGCCCCCCCGCACUGCUGGGGGCGACGAGGUGCUUGGACACAGGAGCCAGGCGUCAGACAGACCCCGCCCGGUGCUCAGCGCUGUACACAGCACCGUGAGGAAACAGCCAGUCCCAAUGGCUCAUGAAGGGGCCACCUCAGGCUCUGCCCCCCCCACAACCCAGAGCGCGCACGACAAGCCAAAGGCGGCUCGCGCCUCACGCCCUGGCCAGUGUUUGACCGACAUCACAGCUUUCCAAUAACCAGCCUCUCAGUGGGUUUUGGGGGGGGGGGGUCUCCCUUGAGCCAAUGGAAAGGCACAUUUGCCUCGAAGGCCCGCCCCCCGGUCUUUCGCGGCGUGUGAAGCCUUAAGCUCCACCCCUCCUUCCUCUUCCCGACUCCGGAAUGAAUGAAGCCUGCGCCGGCCAAUAAGAAGUUGCCGCUGGUCUUGACGGAUGUCUCCGCCCGCCAGUAGAAAGAGAGAAACGCGCCGCCGUCGCCAAUGGUGGCCCAGCGACGAGCGAGGGGGGCGGGCCCUACCCUCCCAGGCGGGUGGAGGAGGCCGCGGUUAUCGAUCCCUCUGCUGGAGGGAGGCGGCGGCGAAGCAGCAAAGAAAAUGGCGGCCGUGGCUGCGGAGGCGGCAGCGACUGCAGCGGUGCCGGGUGACGGGGGAGCCGGCGAGGCUGAGCCCGAGAUGGAGCCGAUCCCGGGCAGCGAGGCUGGCGCGGACCCGCUCCCCGCCGCCUCUGAGGCCGUGGAGUCGGCGGUGGCCGAUGGGGAGGAGGCCGAGGGCGGGAAGCCCGCGUCGGGGGAGGCCGAGCAGCCGCCGCCGCCGGUGCACCUGGCGGAGGGGGCGGCGCCGCCGCCGCCGCCGCCGCUGCUGCUGCCCGGUUCGGAGGUGCGGGUCACCCUGGAUCACAUCAUCGAGGACGCGCUCGUGGUCUCGUUCCGCCUGGGAGAGAAGCUCUUCUCGGGGGUCCUCAUGGACCUCUCCAAAAGGUUUGGACCCCAUGGAAUCCCUGUGACCAUAUUUCCUAAAAGGGAAUACAAAGAUAAACCUGAAGCCAUGCAGCUCCAAAGUAAACCAUUCCAAGAUGAGACGCAGGUGAAGUGUGAAGCCAAUGGUGCAAUCCCUGAUGAUUCUUCUCCCAUUCAGCCAUCAGAACCUAGCCUAGCUAAAAGCUUAUGGACUUCUAAACCACCCCCUCUCUUUCAUGAGGGAGCGCCAUAUCCCCCUCCUUUGUUUAUCAGGGACACGUAUAACCAAUCAAUACCUCAGCCUCCACCCCGAAAAAUUAAGCGGCCCAAGCGGAAAAUGUACAGGGAGGAACCCACUUCUAUUAUGAAUGCUAUCAAACUACGACCCAGGCAGGUCUUGUGUGACAAAUGUAAAAACAGUGUUGUUGCAGAAAAAAAAGAAAUUAAGAAAGGUGGCAAUGCAAGUGACGCUUCAAAAUAUGAUGAUAAUAAAAAGCGAAGAAAUGAGAGUGUAACUACUGUGAAUAAAAAACUUAAGACUGACCAUAAAGUGGAUGGAAAAAGCCAAAACGAAAGCCAGAGAAGGAAUGCUGUGGUCAAAGUUUCAAAUAUUGCCCAUAGCAGAAGCAGAGUUGUUAAAGUUUCUUCUCAAGCAAAUACUUCAAAAGCGCAGUUAAAUACUAAAAAAGUUCUCCAGAGCAAAAAUAUGGAUCAUGCAAAAGCUCGAGAAGUUUUGAAAAUGGCCAAAGAGAAGGCACAAAAAAAACAGAGUGCAACUUCCUCUUCCAAAAACACACAUUCAAAGGUCCAUUUCACGCGGCGUCUUCAGAACACCAGCUCAGGGUCCCUUCCACCUCGAUUGCGUUUAAAGCCACAAAGGUACCGGAAUGAAGAAAAUGACUCUUCCCUCAAGACAGGACUUGAGAAAAUACGGAGUGGCAAGAUGGCAACUAAGCCCCAGUCUCGUUGCUCCUCCACCCGCUCAGCAGGUGAGGCCCCUUCAGAAAACCAGAGCCCCUCAAAAGGCCCUGAAGAGGCCAGCAGUGAGGUUCAGGACACAAGUGAAGUGCAUGUAACUGUUGAUCAGGAUGAACACCAGACAUUGGGCAAGAGAGGCAGCAAAAGCAAUAUAACGGUUUACAUGACCCUUAAUCAAAAGAAAUCUGACUCUUCCAGUGCAUCAGUUUGUAGUAGUGAUAGUACAGAUGAUUUGAAAUCCACCAACUCUGAGUGUAGUUCUACUGAAAGCUUUGAUUUUCCUCCAGGCAGCAUGCAUGCACCUUCCUCCUCCUCCUCCUCCUCCUCUUCCUCCUCCUCUUCAAAGGAAGAGAAAAAGCUUGGUAAUUCCUUGAAAAUGAAAGUUUUUUCCAAAAACGUCUCUAAAUGUGUCACACCAGAUGGCAGGACCAUAUGUGUAGGGGACAUUGUUUGGGCCAAGAUUUAUGGCUUCCCUUGGUGGCCAGCCCGUAUUCUUACCAUAACUGUGAGCCGGAAAGAUAAUGGCCUUUUAGUUCGACAGGAGGCCCGUAUUUCGUGGUUUGGGUCCCCAACAACAUCUUUUCUUGCUCUUUCACAACUAUCCCCCUUUUUAGAAAACUUUCAGUCGCGCUUUAAUAAGAAGAGAAAGGGCCUUUACCGCAAGGCUAUCACAGAGGCAGCUAAGGCUGCUAAGCAGCUGACUCCCGAAGUUCGGGCCCUGCUGACACAGUUUGAAACGUGAACAUGGAAAGUAAGGUAGGCAAGAAAGUUGGAGGCUCCACAAAUUUAUAGCCUAGUUAGAGAACUACUAUGAAGGUCUUGGCCAAUUCAAGAAGUUGCACUCAGUUGACUGCUCUUUUUAUACUAAAAUUGUUCCAUUUGUAGCAGUUUCUUGAAAGUUAAACUACUAAACAAAUUGAACAUGCAAUUGAAAUUAGGCUAAAGUGAGAACUUCAAUAUUUUUCAAGUGAGAAUCUUUUUUAAUUAAAAAUUCCUUAACACCCCGUGCAUAGGAGCCAUAGCCUCAGCUGAAAGGCAGUUUAUUUGCAGGGAAUUUUUUAGUAGUUUCUACCCAGUACGUACUUAGUUACUACAUGGCAAAGGGUAAACGUAAGGGAUGGAGGUAAUAGCUGUGAUCUCAGUGGCCCACCAGGGGAAGUGCAGAAACUUAAGCCCUCUCUGAAUUGUCUUUAAACUUCAAAUAGCUUCUAAGACAGUUGGGCUCACCAGUGUGAAUGGGGCCAAAGUGUGUUUACAACACUUGUAAAAAUGUCUGGUCCCAACCAUGUUGGCUUGUUUAAAUACAUCCUAGAAAGCUAUUUAGUUACUCUCCUGAAACAGUUUCAACACAGUUUAAAGACCAGAUUAAAUGGGAUCUUGUCUUAGUGACCACUCUUUCAAACACUCAGUCUUUCUAUGCACACGGGCACAAGUAUGACACUUCAGGGUCAGACAAGCCGAAGGGAUGCCUGUUGCUCAAAGACAAAGCUAAAAAGUUCAGUAUUUGGGAUCAAGGGCUGUUAAUGCUGCAUAGGUGUGAACUAUAACUUCCUGUCUUUCUUCCACUGAAGAAAUCUUCCAGGCCUCUUGCCUGGGAGUUUAGAUCAAGAGAGGCUUUGUUUGAAUGUGUAAAUAAAUUGAUUGCUGAAAUUGGUCAGAUUUUCUCCUGACUGGUGGUUCCUAAAUUCUUAGGAUACGUCCUAGUAAAUUACACUUUGUGAAUUGUCAGAUGUGUAAUUGUUGCAUUUUGGAUGUAUCUAACUUCAUUUUUUUAAAUAUUUCCGUUUAAGGUAUCUGUUUGCAGGUCAGAAAAUGAGAAUAUGUAAUUGUGUAAUGCUCUGAAAUGUAAAAAAACUGUAAAUAAAAUUGACUAAAUCUGAA